GUGUGCACUUACUAAGUAUAAAAAAAUGGCAUUUACUAGUUAUAACCUUUGCAGUGGUUUUUUGUGUUUUUGGCAUGAUUUUGAUGAGAAUGCGCGAAGCUUGUUUUUUAUUCUUAUUUUCCAUUAUUAAUGUAUUAUUUGCAAAACGUAAAGCCGUAACCUAUUACAGGUCAAGUAGUUUCUUCGGAGACGUUUUGCCUCUUUCAUUGACUGCGUCGGGGCGUUCAAUCGACCCGAAAAUUUAGUUGAAACGUUACUUCGGAGUAACAGUAGAAGACGCCAUGUCAUAAAUUGUGGGACAUGAUGAAAAAUGGGGUUUUCGUUGCCUCCACACUUUGUGAUCUCUAUUUUGGGGAUGAGUUUUUCAAUUUUACUUUUUCCAUACAGAAAGCUGGUAAUUAGGUGUCCUGUGGUUCCAGUAAAGUAUCGAAAUCCAAAUCUACAAUUUCGAUUGUGUAUUGUUGUCCUUUUUCAUGUGUACCGCAUGCUUGUUUUCCGGGGUAGGCUUAAGGGUAUGAUAUUGAUUGCGUACUAUCUAUGUCUUGUAGCUACCCAUUAGCCCUCAUUCUAAAUAUGAUAUAAACCCUAUCACCCGUUUUUCUAUUUUGCACUUACAACAAGGACAAACAACAGUUUCCCAUCUUAUACAUAGAAGAAUCUAGUAUCAUCUUCGAUGCGAAAAAAGUUUUCAUUCGCGUUAUAUCUCUUCCGUCAUAUGGAGCGAGGGUUCACCGUUAGCAUUUGCGAAACCUGUGACGAAGUUCAAUACCUAAUACCGGGAUUCGGAUUGUGGCAGACGUUUUCUCUCCGUUCGCUUAGCGUGCAGUUUGCUAUGACCAUCAAAUACGAUGUGGGUACCGAUUUUGGGUCAUUUCUGCUCAUCUUGCACACAGAUUUUUUUUGGAAUUUGCAUAAUUUGUUUUACUAGUUCCUGAUUUUUUCCCUCGGCGUGAAUGAGUUUAUUGUACAUCACAUUCAUUUUCGUGACUAUGUGUGUCCGACAAUGGCGAGAAGGCUGGCAUGUAAGUUUGUCGGUGUGUCUGUCUCAGUUUCUCAAGAUUCCAAGAAAAAAGAAGUCUCGCUUGCUUCCUUGUUAUGGUGUGUAAAAUAUGGAGUGUAAGUAAAUAUGGGUGUUCAUCUUGUAAUUCUAAUUGUUGAUUCCAAAUCUUCAUUCCCAAGUUUUAUUGAGGUACAAAGAAAUGCUAUCAUUAUGUUACGAGUGAUGCCAGUGGACCGUGCUCACUGCUUGACAUCAGGAAAGGGGAUACAGCAUUGAGUUAGGUAACAUCCAUCGUGGUCCUGAUGCCCAGCAUGAUAGGGACGUUACAUUGGCCUGGUGCAGUUGGUAGCAAGCAGCAGUGAUGCCACCUUGUGAAUCGGGAUUCAUCUGUCCAUGAAUUAUAGAGGAAUCGUCAGAGAGCCAACUUGCUAAUCAAUGCGAUAGUUCCCGAUGGUUAGAUGUGCUGGUGCGCCUCAUGUCGUAUAGUCUGCGUAACAGGAUAACUUCACAUCAUAGGCGCGCCUUCGCCUGUACACCCUUCUUCCUGUGCCUCCUGUUUUGACGUAAAAAGAUCAACAUGUUGCUGGCCUAAGAAUCUGAACCUCUAUUCGUGGAAAAUAGUAAAAGUAAGUGCGAUCCAUCCAUUCCAUCUAAGUUGACCGAAAUUGAGGUGGUUACGUUUUCUGACUAUCCAGAACUCUCCAUGAUAAGUGCGUAGUUUAAUACUCAGAGUGAUCAUAAUAUCUCCGUGUUCCUGUUGUACCAGUGGUUUCUCGUGGUGGUGUAUUGUCGCCUUGUUCGUACAGGCUGUCGUGGUUUAUGCUUUUUGCAAGUAUGUCUACUCUGUUUGUUGAAUAAUAAUUUUCCAGCAGGUCUCGCGGUGUGCGGGUAAAUGCAGCCGGAGAGAUAACCGAAUUCGCUCUAGGUGAGGCAACAUCAAAGCUGGAAGUUGCGUUCCAAAAAUGAUGUAAAACGGUAUUUCUGCAGCAUUCGUGAUGUGUAACUAAAGUAGAACGAUUAUGAAUUCACAAUGUACGACAUUGAAUGUUUAUCAUAAGCAUCGUCCCCCUACAUGGGUUUCAAAAAUAAGGGGCGACUAGUUGUUGUUCUACUCAUAAUAUUUUAUCAUGAUCGUUGUCUGAUUGAAUAGCAUUGGAGAUGUUGAUGUAAUCGUAAUCAAAUUUACAAGAAGCGAAAUAGAAGCUGGACCCAAGCCAAAGAGCUAACCGCACCUUUAAGGCAAGUGCACUGCCCAAAAAUGCUAAGCAUUACAUGCGUAUAUGUAUAAAUAUCUUUCACAGUCGAAGCAAAGUAAUGAUUUCUCCAAAGUCUAUCUAUCUUUAUGCUCUCUAAAGACAUCCUCGGAUCAUGACGAGGCCGUUUUUGAAAGUUAUCUGGUGCCUCGUCUCUCCUGGUGGACCCCGAGUGUUGCUGCAGUCUUGUUCGAAAAAUACACUGCAGCUUAGCCUAAUCUAAUUCAUCAGUGGUUUCAGUGAUCAUUACUCGGUAUGGUGAUAGAGAUGAAGGAGUAGUGUAGAUCACGGUGAGUGCAUAUAUCUCUCUUCUGCCGAGCUCAAGUGAGAAAAUGCUCAUAUUCUUGCUCAAUAAUCAUCAAGAAGGAACUCUGUGGCAACGAGGGUGGUGAGUCGAGAUGCGGAUGAAGUGCAUGAUGGAACCUCUACCUGUGGGAAUUUCUACCGAGUUGAAAGAGCUGACGAAAAAGAUUGUAUUGGCGUACGACAAUACGACAGGCACAACCAGUGUUCUCAUGAUAUACCAUUCUUGAAAAUUGAGAAAGAAUAUUACAACAAC